AUGAAAUUCGCUGCUGUUGUUCUACUUGCUCUCCCUAUGGUUUCUGGAUUUGCUCCAUCUGCUAGAUUCGAUGCUGAAACUGCACUCCGAGCUGUUGUGACUGGUCCGAAGGGAAAAGCUGCAUCUUCAAAGGAAGAAGACAUUGCCCUAGCCUUGCAAGUUAUCAUGGAUCACGAUGCAAGAUCAACCACGGUUUCCAAAGAACAGUUCAUCCAGCAAGUUCAGGCUGCAUCGAAGGUUGAGGAAACAGUAGAGGAAGUUGAUAUUUCCAUUCCAUACGACGCAGCUGCUAUGCUCGCAUAUGAAGCCUCAGAUAAGUCCAAGUCCUUUGACGACUUUAAGGCUGCAUACCUAGCUGAUUCCGUGGCUUAUGUCAAAUCAAAGCAACCGAUCGAUAUUUCUAUUCCAUAUGACGCAACUGCUAAGCUAGCUUAUGAAGCGACUGACAAGUCUAUGCCAUUCGAUGCAUUCAAGACACAAUAUCUUGCAGAUGCCGUUGCCGAUGUUAUUGCUAAACAACCAAUUGAUAUUUCUAUCCCAUACGACGCUACUGCUAAGCUUGCAUAUGAGGUCAGCGACAAGUCUAUGCCAUUCGAUGCAUUCAAGACACAAUAUCUUGCAGAUGCCGUUGCCGAUGUUAUUGCUAAACAACCAAUUGAUAUUUCUAUCCCAUACGACGCUACUGCUAAGCUUGCAUAUGAGGCCAGCGACAAGUCUAUGCCAUUUGACGCAUUCAAGAUGCAAUAUCUUGCAGAUGCCGUCGCCGAUGUUAUUGCUAAACAACCAAUUGAUAUUUCUAUCCCAUACGACGCUACUGCUAUGCUUGCAUAUGAGGCCAGCGACAAGUCUAUGCCAUUCGAUGCAUUCAAGACGCAAUAUCUUGCAGAUGCAGUUGCAGAUGUGAAGGCAAAGCAAUAG